CACUGCUGCAUCAGUGAAUGACAUGAGGAUGUGAAAGAAUACAGCGGCGGGUUGGGCAUAUGAUUUUAAAGCCAUUCUCGAGCGGACUGUUAUAUGGACGAUGAGGAAUACACCAAGGACUGACUGAGGCACGGCCUGUGUUUGAGCCUGAGUCUUCCUCACCUGCCAGCCAUGGACUAGACAAGAGGAGCGUAUGACCGCAGACAUAACCAUGGUGGUGAGGUGGCUGCUCAACUCCCAUUGAGAACACAGAAAAUGAGAGUGUGAAGCUGCAGGGCAGGCAGCGCAGCCACAUGAUCCCAUGACUCUGGAUAUGGAUGCGGUCCUGUCAGACUUUGUUCGGUCCACAGGGGCAGAACCGGGUCUGGCACGAGACCUGCUAGAAGGUAAAAACUGGGACCUGAGCGCCGCUCUCAAUGACUAUGAGCAGCUCCGGCAGGUCCACACGGCCAACCUGCCCCACGUCUUCAAUGAGGGCCGUUUCUACAAGCAGCCGGAGCGUAGCGGCACCCCGCAGCACAUCAGCAAGCCUGAGCAAUGCCCACCAAAACAAGAGGACAACACUCAGGAGAAGCGUCUGUCUCGGGGCAUUUCCCAUGCCAGCUCUGCCAUCAUGUCUCUGGCGCGGCUGCAGGUUUCAGGGGAUUGUGCCAGGGAGCAGUUCCCCCUAGAGAUGCCCAUCUACACAUUCCAGCUGCCCGACCUGAGCGUGUACAGCGAGGACUUCCGCAGCUUCAUCGAGCGCGACCUCAUCGAGCAAUCCACCAUGGUGGCCCUGGAGCAAGCCGGUCGUUUGAACUGGUGGUCCACCAUGUGCACCAGCUGUAAGAAGCUAUUACCGUUAGCCACAACAGGAGACGGCAACUGCCUCCUGCAUGCGGCUUCUUUAGGAAUGUGGGGCUUCCAUGACCGGGAUCUGGUGCUGCGGAAGAGUCUGUACGCCAUGAUGAAGAGCGGAGCCGAGAGAGAAGCUCUGAAGAGGAGGUGGAGGUGGCAGCAGACUCAACAGAACAAAGAGUCGGGGCUGGUGUACACUGAGGAGGAAUGGGAGAGAGAAUGGAACGAAUUGCUGAAGCUGGCCUCCAGUGAGCCACGCACACACUUUAGCAAGAACGGCAACUCCAGUGGAGGUGUGGACAACUCAGAAGACCCGGUUUACGAGAGUUUGGAGGAGUUCCAUGUGUUUGUAUUGGCCCAUGUUCUGAGAAGACCCAUUGUGGUGAUAGCGGACACCAUGCUCAGAGACUCCGGAGGGGAAGCUUUUGCCCCCAUUCCUUUUGGAGGGCUUUACCUGCCGCUGGAGGUUCCUCCCAACCGCUGUCACUGUUCUCCGCUGGUACUGGCCUACGAUCAGGCCCACUUCUCCGCCCUGGUGUCCAUGGAGCAGAGAGACCAGCAGAGAGAGCAAGCCGUCAUCCCACUGACUGACUCUGAGCACAAGCUGCUAGCGCUGCACUUCGCGGUGGACCCUGGGAGGGACUGGGAGUGGGGGAGGGAUGACAAUGACAAUGCUAAGCUGGCAAAUCUGAUUCUAUCACUGGAAGCUAAACUAAACCUUCUGCACAACUACAUGAAUGUAACAUGGAUUCGAAUUCCUUCUGAAUCAAGGGCUCCCUUGGCUCAGCCCGAGUCGCCAACUGCCUCUGCGGGUGAGGAUGUACAGUCUCUGGCUGAAUCCAUGGAUUCGGACCGGGAGUCUGUUUGCAGUAACUCCAACCUCAAUAAUGGAAAGUCAAUGAAGGAGAAAGACAAGGACAAGCAGCGAAAGGACAAGGACAAAACACGGGCAGACUCAGUGGCCAACAAACUGGGCAGCUUCAGCAAGACUCUGGGCAUCAAACUUAAGAAGAAUAUGGGUGGACUUGGAGGACUUGUCCAUGGCAAGAUCAGCAAGUCCACCUCAACAAAUGGUAGAACGGUAGAGAAUGGAGAGCAGAAAUCUAAGAAAAAGGACUCCAAAACACGGAAAGGGAGCAAGGAGGAGUCAGGCCAGUCAGCCAGCACAUCCUCCUCAGAGAAGACAACCAGUCCCUCGCCUACAGACCGUGCUUCUGGUAGCUCACCUGUUGAGAGACUGCCAGGAUCAGGCAAAAUCUCGGGUGAUCGGACACUAGACAACUGGAAGUACAGCACAGAUGUCAAACUCAGCCUGAACAUCCUUCGAGCAGCCAUGCAGGGUGAGCGUAAAUUCAUCUUUGCUGGGUUGCUGCUCACCAGCCAUCGACACCAAUUUCACGAGGAGAUGAUCAGCUUCUACCUAAGCAGUGCCCAAGAACGCUUCAGUGCUGAGCAGGAACAGAAAAGAAAGGCGGAGGCUGAGAAGAAGCCUCAGACCAAUGGGGUGGCACUAAAGAAGCCUGAGCAGGAGAGUGUUUUCCAAAGGGAGCGUUCAGAUAGCUCUCCACCCGAGAGUUGCUCACCGGUGUUGCACCCUAGCCAUAAUCUUUCCCUGGCUGUGAAGGUCCAAGAAAGGGGAAGCCCAAAGCUUGCUGCUUCUCCCAUCCCAAUACCCAUCCCAGUUUCCGUCCCAGGAUCCUCCAUGUCCCCGGUCCCUUUCUCCUCCCCUAGUAACGGUGCUAAAAGACCCGGACCAGUCCCUGUUUCAGCUCACUAUAGCCAUACACCACCUAUCCAGAGGCACAGUGUCAUCCACCUGAGGGAUGUCAAUGUGCAGUCAUCCAGCUAUCAAGAUGAGUCCUACAAGCCAAUGAUCGGCACUCUCAAAACUUGUGCCACCUACCCCCAGCAAAACCGCUCACUGUCCUCUCAGAGCUACAGCCCAGCCCGCUUGUCUGGCAUCCGUACUGUCAAUGCCGUAGACACCCUACCGUACAACAUGCCUGGGGAACACAAGUCCCACACUUAUACCAACGGCUUCAACACUGGCGACAUCCGGGACUGUCUGGAGUUUGCAGAUGAGGACCCGAUGCCCCAUGCCUGGCUGGGGCAGGACAAAACCAAAGGGCAGAGUGGUGUUUGCCCAAUGUACUGUUUUCAGCAGAAACGCUGCAGGAGGGAGAACUGCACUUUCUAUGGCCGACCCGAGACGGAGAACUUUUGCUCCUACUGUUAUAGAGAGGAGCUGAAACGCAGGGAACGAGAGUUGAAGGUGCACCGACCUGGAUAGCCCUGCAAACAUGCACACACAUAUAUAGCCACCCCUAAUGUGCGUGAAAAGAACAGCAACACCACCACCUUUUUGCACUUUGCAAGUGAUACAAAGAACUGGCAUAACAUUUUCCUACUAGAUUUAAGAUCGGCCUCCUUGUAUUCUUGUUACUUUACUCUCAAUAGCGGACAGACAUUGCUUUACAAUGACAGGAAGUGCAACCAGAAUCAGUUUACAGCUUUGGCCAGAGAUUGUGUUAUUGUUUGUUCUAUGUCCAAUUGAAUUCAGUCUUUUACUUGUUCUAGAGUAAAAGCUCUCGCCUGUGCAUUUUGCUCAAUUUGUGUUGUAAAACUCCUUGUACAUGCAGAAAGAGAUGUAAAAGCAUAUGUCCGUCUCUAAUGGAGUUUCCCAAAUCAUAGAAAGGAAAACUCAGUUUAGAGCUCAUUAUAAUGCAAUACUUCACAGCAUAGCUCUUUGGAAUCUUAAUGCCGAAUAACAUUGAUUUUGCUGCGCAUUGCAAAUAAUUACAAGGGAGGGAGGUCCACUGUUCAGCACUCUGAUUUUUUUGAAAGCAAUAAGUUUGUUAACAACCGCCACCCCUCCCCCCUUUUAUCUAUGCAUUCAUGACGUCAGCCAUAUUCUACUUUUCACCAUAUAUGAUUCUAAGGGAUAUCGAUAUGAUUGUAAAAGGUCUGCUGUACAAGGAUUAUUAUGGUGGAAAAUAUUCAAUAUGUUGCAUAUCAACGUGUGCUCUCAAAUUGAUCUUGUGACUUUCCAUCAUGCACUAUAUUCUAAUAUAAAGCCUUUUCAUAGGAGGGUUUGCAUUCCAUCAUGACGAUAUCAAAUGAAACCUCACUAUUGUGUGCUACUUGACAUCCGAUACAGUAAGCAUUUGACUUCCACUCGUUGCUGUCUGUAUUUGCAAUAUAUAACAGUCAUGCUAGCGAAUGCUAAAUUACAAGAACCACCUUACCUGAGGAUACAAGUAUGAAAUGCAAACCCUAACAGUUUAUACUUCAGCAUUGGACUGGAGGUGGAAGGCUUAUAAAACUGUGUAUGUGUAAACUGUAUGAUACCUGUUGGCACAGCUCGGCUACAAGCAACUGGCAACUGUUCAUCAACAUUCUGUAGCUAACUCAUGCUAACACUGCCAUGCUUGCCUCUCAUGUGCCAAAAAGGUCCCUCACCUCCAUUUCAUUUGUCCUCAGGUAUAUUAGUCUUAAUCAUAUACAUAGAAGCAACUAAAUCUAUAAAUGUAAAAUUGGUUAUUUAAAGGUUCAAAACUACCUCUGAAAAGCAUUUUAGAUUUUUGACUCGUAUAUUACACAGCAGUGUAAAAUCAUGUUCUAACAAGGCAGUGUGGAAUAUGUCUACGUCUACCAUGGAAGUGAAAAAUGUGGUGACAACAACUUCAUAGCCAAUCAGAACAUGUUUUACGUUUAAUAGACCAAUUAUUGCACUUUGGGUGGAGCUGCCCAGUUAAACCAAGCAAUGGACAAAAUUUUCACAUGUUGCUUGGUUCAGUCAUUUUUAGUUUUGACAUAAGCUCAUAUUAAUUUACUCUUUGACAAUUUGUGGAAUAUAUUUAGCCAAAUCUCUAUGUGUAAAAACUGGACAUUUAAUGGCACAAACCUACCUUUUUCUUUUUCUUUCACUUCAGAUUUUGCUCACAGUAGUGCAAAAACAGUCACAGACAACAACAUGCUAAGCUGCUGACUGACUAACUGGCUAACAAAUGUACCACAGCUCACAGUGCUAGUUCUCAUUGUGUGCUAGAAAAUCAGGAUGUUACAGGUAGCUGCAACAAUCAAGUUAAUUAGCAUGACUAGCGUGUUGGCCACUUUGUGUGCCUCUGCUAAGCAAAGGUCCCACCAAGUGCUUUUCUACUCAAUGGACAAGAUUAUCAUAAAAGCAGCGCUUGUUGUGUUUUGUUUUGUUGUGUGGCAGGCAGUGUCCAGGUAACCAACUCUGUGUCUCUGUGAGUGUUUUGUCUUUCCUGGCCAAGGAUGUCCACUGCUUUGUUCUCUUCCCACAUUUCUACACCUCCACAAUUAUGUCUUUUGCUUCCCAUCCUCCUCUUUUCCUCUCCCUCCUUUAUAUUGGACAAGCUCAUGGACUCUCACUGUCUCUGGAAUUGUAAAAUAUGAUUUUGUAUUCAUUUGAGAGUUUUACACUACUUUAAAUUAUUAAUUUGCACAUUAGGUACCGAUGUAAAUAG